AUGGCCCCAGGUCUUCUCUCCAGCGUCUCCGCUCUCGCCCUGGCCACCGCUUUGGUAGCCUCGCCCGCUACGGCCGCGAACAGCACCGCUGCCCACGCUCCGUUUGGAACCAUCAAGUCCAAGUCGAGUGAGUGUGUCGUGGGCGAUCCGGACAGCUACAUCAGCACGAAGGACCUCCAGUGGAUUUGGGACAACCGCAUGAAGGCGGAGGUGGAGCCCUACGACAACUGGAUCAUGGACCACAUCGUGGCCAACAAGGGCACGCUCAAUUACUGCAUCCGCUGGGACAGCAAGGAGACGAAGCUCAGCAAGGCUCAAGCCAGCAAGUUCCAAGCCAUGCUGACCCGCCAGUACAAUCUGUGGAACCACUGGCUCAUCGGCUACAACUGCUGGCCGUACGACGAGAUCAAGGUCAACAUCGUGGGCUGGGCGGCUCGUGAAGCCUCCAACCUGGAGUGGUCGGACGACUCGCUUGGCAAGAUCUACAUCGGCGACCUUGACGAUAAGGGAGCCCCGCAGUGCCCCGAGAGCUGCUACCGCUCGGUCGAUGGCUCGUCGCCCGGAGGUAGUGGUUGCGACGGUAAGCCGUACGAUGCCUACCUCCAGCCGACACAGGGGCUGGGUGGCGGCUGGGGAACCUACAACUUCCAGCAGGUGGACCUCGAAGACAUGAUGGCGCACAUCGACGACGACCAGCUUACGAUCGUCGCCCACGAGAUUGGCCACAGCUUCGGACUGCCGGACUUUUACCAGCAGCCGAAGCCUGCCAACUUCAAGCCGUGCCUCAUGGACGCGCUCACUUCAAACGCUAUGCGCGACACGGACGGCUGGAUGGUGCGCCGAGUGCUCGAGAACAAGAAAUCCAAGUACAACUUCUAA